GUCGAGGAAUGUAUAUGAUUUUGUUCUUUCUUUUGAGCUGUUCAAUGUACGAAUUACUUUGUGAAAUCAUGAGUUUUUGCGUUGUUUGAUUGAGCCGAAGAUCCCAAAAUGACGAAGAUAAACUACCGGACGGAGUACAAGGCAGCAAAGCACCAAAUAUCCGAGCUACAGACUCAGAUAGCUACACUCCGGGAUCGGCUUGAUGUUCUACGGAAAGCUAAAAAUCAGACCAUCCUAAAAACAGAAAUCGUCAACAGGAACAUCGCUGAACCAGUUUUCGGGCAGGCUCCAAACAGUAACGAUGAUGUCCUGCCGGUUGCACCAACGAUUCUCACGAGAGACGUGGCUCUGAAUACAGAUCCGAUGAAGCCACCAACCCCACCACCAGCAGCACCUCCACCCACCUCACCUACGAGAAUGCAGAGAAAGCGAGUUAAAGACAACUGGUCACAAUGUAAGAUUUUCACUGCGACUAAAGUUUGUCAGGUCGCAUUUGUACAGACGUGUCACUGUGAAGGUGUUAACGACCCAGACUCCCCAGUCCCCAAAGCAAAAACCCCGGUCAGUCUCCCCAAGAUCCCCCACCCCAGUAACCACGUGGGUGUGAGGUCAGCUGUCUCCACCCCAGUCCCGGAGCUUAGAACAAUCAGCAGGAUGAAGACCAUGGACUUUAUCUCCUCCGAGAGUCAUGCUGCGGAGAUAGCAGCACUGGAAGCAGCUUUCAAAGCAGAAAGGGAAAAACAGAUGAGCAUUCACUCCCGGGAAGCAGCAGCAUUGAGGAAUACUAUUCAAAGUAUGACAUCUUCUCUGAAAGCAGCGGUGGAGGAGAAUGUGAAACAAACAAUCAACGCACCCAAUGGAGCCUCUGUGUUCCAUCUGUAUGCUGAGGAGAAGAAACGGAUGGAAGAACAAGUGAGACAUAUCAAUUUAGAGAACAACAAGUUAAAAGUCAAAGUGAAGAAGCUUACACAGGAACUAAAGGACCAGGAAGAAGAGAUGGAAGUGAACGAAGAAAGCUUCAAGAAACACUACGUAGAAACUUGGGACUCCCAAUACCGGUCCUGGAUGACGAAGACUGAAGCAAAGAUGAACUUCCUAAGAAGCUCAAAUGAGAACAUGCAGACAUUUCUGAUGAAGAAUGCCAGACAUCUGCCGUUUGCAGCAUCUGAAGAGUUGAAGAUAUAUAACGAGUACGGAGAGAAAGUUUCUGUUUUCCAGUGAAGUGAUUUUUAUAUAGCAACCAAUUUGUUGAGAUCUCUCUUAAAUUUGGGAAUUUCUGAAUCAAGCACGAUUUGCGUAUACA